AUGAAGACUAUCGCGGGGCUCUCCUGGAUAUCGGCCUUAUCAUCAUUGGCUUCCCUGCCCAACGGACUCGGUGUCAGCGCUCAGAACAACACGCCGAGUACGUGGCCACUCCACGACAAUGGUCUGAGCGAUGUUGUGCAAUGGGACCACUAUUCCUUCAAGGUGAAUGGGAAACGACUCUUCGUCUUCUCUGGAGAAAUCCAUUACUGGCGUAUUCCGGUCUAUGAGGUUUGGGAAGACUUGCUAGAGAAAAUCAAGGCUGCAGGCUUCACGGCUUUUGCUUUCUAUGGCAACUGGGCCUACCACAGCGCGAACAACAAGACCCUGGACUUCGAGAGUGGCGCACAUGACUUUAGCAAGCUCUUUGAGAUUGCGCAUCGUGUUGGCCUUUACGUCAUCACUAGGCCUGGGCCCUAUGUCAACGCUGAAGCAAAUGCUGGAGGCUUCCCGCUAUGGCUCACAACGGGGGCUUAUGGAAAGCUCAGAGAUGAUGAUCCGAGAUACCUCCAGGCUCUGGAUCCCUACUUUUCCAAGUUUUCCGAGCUCACGUCCAAGCAUCUUGUAACAAAUGGCGGAAACGCGCUUGUUUACCAGAUUGAGAAUGAGUACGGUGAGCAAUGGAAGGACAGAACGAAGAAAAUUCCCAACGAUGCUGCCGGGAGGUACAUGCAGGCACUGGAGGAUUCUGCGCGAGCCAAUGGCAUCGAGAUUCCCCUGAUUCACAACGAUCCGAACAUGAACACCAAGAGCUGGAGUAAAGAUUAUGCGCCUGGUGCUGUGGGAAACGUCGAUGUUGCCGGAUUAGACAGUUAUCCGUCUUGUUGGUCAUGCAACCUUGCAGAAUGCACGGGUACAAACGGAAAAUAUGUGGCAUACCAAGUUGUGAACUAUUAUGACCAUUUCAAGGAGGUGUCUCCCACUCAGCCAAGUUUCUUCCCUGAGUUCCAAGGCGGCUCAUACAAUCCGUGGGGAGGCCCAGAGGGCGGCUGCCCAGGUGAUAUCGGCGCAGACUUCGCAAAUCUCUUUUACAGGAACCUCAUCUCCCAGCGAGUCACUGCUGUAUCGCUCUACAUGAUGUUUGGUGGUACCAACUGGGGCGCUAUUGCUGCCCCAGUCACAGCUACAUCGUACGAUUACAGCAGUCCGAUCAGCGAGAAUCGCGAAAUCGGCGCCAAAUUUUAUGAAACCAAGAACUUGGCCAUGUUCACCCGUGUUGCCGACGACUUGACCGUUACCGACCGCCUCGGAAGCUCGAGCUCAUACACCACCAAUCCCGCUGUUACAGCAAGCGAGCUCCGCAACCCCAUCACCAAAGCUGCCUUUUACGUUACCAUCCAUUCUGUAUCAUCCUCUUCCACCACGGAGUCAUUCAAGCUACACAUUAGUACAUCUGUCGGCAACCUGACCAUCCCCCAGCAUUCGGGUUCGAUUGUUCUCAAUGGCCAUCAGUCUAAGAUUAUCUCGACUGACUUUGCUAUGGGAAACAAGACUCUUACCUACUCCACGGCCGAAAUACUCACAUAUGCUCUCAUUGAUUCUAGCCCGGUAGUAGUCUUAUCAACGGACGUGGGAGGAUCAGUCGAGUUCCACGUCAAGGGCGCUACGAAGGGUUCUUUAGCCAGCAGUGGGUUCACUUCGAACGCCACUUUCCGUGCCGAAGCAGGUGGAGUUACGACCAACAUUGAGAGAGUAACCGGUAUGGGCGUGUAUCAAUUCAACAACGGCGUCAAGGUCGUUCUUGCUGAUAAGCCUACUGCGUACUUGUUCUGGGCUCCUAACCUAUCAAACGAUCCCUUCGCGCCUGUCGACCAGUCUGUCUUGAUUCAAGGACCUUACCUCGUUCGUGGUGCGGCACUGGACGGAGAUGUAGUCGCCUUGAAGGGUGACGUCAAGAAUAGCACCACGAUAGAAGUUUUUGCACAUGAAACUGCUCUUACACUCUCCUGGAACGGAAAGAAGCUGGAGACUUCGCGAACACCAUAUGGCAGCUUGAAGGCCCAAAUCUCUGCAUUCAACGGCACCAUCCCUUUGCCCUCCCUGAACGACUGGAAAGUCAACGAGGGACUUCCGGAGAAAAUGCCAGAGUACGACGACAACGGUGCAGCCUGGGUCGUCGCAAAUCAUACUACAACACCCAACCCCACCAAGCCCGAUACACUACCCGUUCUAUAUGUUGACGAAUAUGGCUUUCACAACAGCUUCCACCUCUUCCGAGGUUACUUUGAAGGAUCAGCUACGGGUGCCCAGCUCUCUGUGCAAGGGGGUCUCGCCUUUGGUUGGAGCGCAUGGCUGAACGGCGAUCUAGUUGGAUCGUGGUUAGGCAACACAACUCUAGGCGUCGGUAACAUGACGUUAUCGUUUGCGAACGCAACUGUACACGCAAACGGCACAAACGUUUUGCUUAUCGCCCAAGAUAACACUGGUCACGAUCUGCGGGGUGGUGCUACCGACCCCCGCGGUAUUCUCCGCGCUACUCUCGACGGCGCAGACUUCACGUCUUGGAAAAUUGCAGGUGAAGCUGGUGGCGAGAACAUCCAGCUAGAUCCUGUACGCGGACCUCUUGCGGAAGGCGGUCUCACAGCCGAACGUCUUGGGUGGCACCUAUCCGGCUUCUCCGACUGCGACUGGGCCUCUGCUUCGCCAUCCACCGGCUUCUCUGGCGCGGACAUCAAGUUCUAUCGUACAACAUUCCCUCUCGACAUCCCCGAAGAUGUUGACGCUUCCUUUGCUUUUAUUCUCAACGCCACAGGUCCCAAAACUGUUCGUGUUCAGCUCUUCGUCAACGGCUACCAGUAUGCGCGCUUCAACCCUUACGUCGGCAACGAGGUCAAGUUCCCGAUUCCGCCGGGUAUCCUCAACUAUGCGGGGGACAACGUGAUUGGACUGAGUGUGUGGGCACAGGGAAAUGACGGUGCGAAGGUUGACGUGGAGUUCGUGCAAGAAUAUGCGGUUGAGAGCAGUUGGAGCUCAAGGUUUGAUUCUGAAUAUCUACGGCCUGAGUGGACAGAGGAGAGGUUGGCUUAUGCCUAA